AUGGACGCUGAGGUGUUGGCACUUCCUUCAGAGGAUUCCUUGCCCUUACCCAGAGCACAGCAAAAUCCUCAAGAGAUGUUUGAACAAAACAUGGAGAGGCUUUCUGCCCUACUGGAUUCAAGCCCCUGUCCUGCUGAGCCUGAGAGAAGCGCAGCAUCAUCGUGGUCUGUUAGGCAGCAGAAAGCCUCUGACCGUUGGGAGGAAGCACGGCCGUACCACCUCAGAUGCCUUUUGGAAUCUGAGGCUGUUGGCAAGCCAUUGUGUUGCUUCUGCCACAAGCCGGCUGUUAUAAGGUGCAGAGAGUGCCUUCCGGAGCAGUGGUUUUGUGGGGCCUGCGACAUGCAUAACCACAGCAAACGGCCACUCCACAACAGGGACAGCGUGGUGGAUGGCUUCUUUAAAGCCAUUCCCCCAUCCACAUGUAUCUCAAGAGGAGAGACUGGAAUAUAUGCCACACAUGAGCAAGAUCGCAUUUUACCCACAAUGCCAGCACAGCACUGCACCUGCCAGGUCCCUAGCUUCACAGUGGAAGCUGGGAAACCAGUCAUCUUGAUUACCAUCAAUGGGCGUUAUGAUUUGCAUUUGCCACGUUAUGUGUGCCAAACAUGCCUGCAGCAGUGGGCCCCUGAUGUGAGAGACCUAGUCAGGAGUGGAUAUUGGCCAGCUUCUGCAAAUGCUUCCACAAUCUACACGGUGGACCUCCUCAACACCUUUCAGGAGCUGAAGUUGAUCUCACCUGGAUUCUCCAGGCAAGCCCUUGCAAAAAUGCUGGAACAUCGCACACUGUGUGCAGGAAGAUCUGGACAGAUCAACGGGGAUGCCCUGCAGAGGAGCUUUCUUGAGUUUGCAUACGCCUCCUUUGAGAAAGACCAGCUCUGCUGUGAUACCCCUUUCACCUGCCCUGCCUGCACACCUGAAAUGGUAGCAGUGUCAGCAGAUGGCAACAGGAAGCUUUAUCGCUUUGGCCAUACUGGAAGAUCUAAUGACACUCCCUUUUUUGAUGGGCUAUUUCUAGCCAAAGACAGUGAGGUGUCUGAUUUUGUCAACACAAUACAGAUGGCGGUGAAGAAUAUAAAGGGGAGAGGCACAUGUGGAGACUCUCAAUGGGCAGCAGCAAGGGAGACCUCUAGGCGGGCCUCUAAACUGGAUGAGGAAGGCGUUGAGGUUGCGGUGUGUCGGCAUGGCUUCCUUUUAAAAGCCCUUAACAUGUACCGAGGAGAGAUAUUUGCGUAUCCUAUGUAUCUCCAAAGGGAGCUUCUCCCAAGCAAGGCACAGUUUUUUGCUAUGGAUGUGGCAUGCAAAUACUGGCCAUACCUACAAAAAGUUGCUUCGGUCAUUCCAGCUCUCAAGAGCCUCACAGAAAUGAAGCCCUUCCUGAGCAUCAUGCAUGCAAGAGUUCAUGCUACCAAGUAUAAAAUGGAGUGGUCGGAAUCAGAAGGGAGCAGGCACAACUGCCGGUGA